CUAUUAUAUUGGUUCACCAUACCAAUUAAAUUAUAUGCAUAAUAAGUAAUACUCAAUUACGAAAGGAUUAAUAAUAUAGUGUUGUUUAUAUUUCCGAUUGAAUUUUUUUUUUUUUAUAACUUAGUAUUUGUUCAAUAUUACAUUUGAUUUAUUGAUCUUAUUUUUGUCGGAGAAAGACGAUAUAAUCGAAACAUAGUAUGUGUUUAACCUCUAUUACUAUUCAAGACGUAAAUAAACACAGUUUAUUACGUAGUGCAUUUGAAGAGUUUUUUUUUUGACAUUCAUUUGUUCAUCUCAAUAUGAAGAAACAUAAUUUGUCGAAACAUUGGAUUGUUGUCGAAUCGAAGACUCAUCAGGAUAGAGUUUAUUAUUUUAAUACUAAAACCAAUAAAUCAUCUUGGAAUGUACCUACUGAGGAUGAUACAGACAAGACUCCCGGUAUGGAAACAGAAACAACAAGGACAAAAAAAAUAAAUAGAAGAAGUUCUAUUGCAUUGAGAAGUAAAACACCACCUGAUCUUGAAGAUAAAGAUGUUAAUAAUAAAAGUAAUGUACAAAAAAUGUUAGUACAUAAACGAAGUUUUAAAGGAAGUUCUCCUGAAUUGAAAAGAAAAACACCUGAUUUUGAAGAAGAAGAACUUAUUAAUAAAAGUAAUGCACGGCAAAAAUUAGUAGCCAAACGUUUUAAGCCUGUGCAAAAUGUUGAUACGCGUCAAAUGAUAGAUCUUAGGAAGAAGUUAGAGCUUAGGAAAGAAAAAAGUAAUAAUAAAAAUAGUUCCUUCACCAAUUCUUUUAAGUCCGAAACCACACCGAGUAGAAGCAAGAAGAUUGUAAUACCAGAAACGACUUCUAAAUCGGAUAAACCGGAAACAGUUACUCCCAAACCAGAAACAAUGACACCACAAAUGAGAGUUAUUUAUGAAAAAUUACAAAAAAAGAAUAUGGAGAAGAAAGGGUCCAAACCAUUAGAACCAGUCAACAUUGCUAAAGAUAUCAAUGUAGUUGACAACAUUCAAAGUACGAUAAAAGAAAAUAAUAGAAGAAGCACAAGAAAUACAAGAAUAAGCAUGGCGAAACCUUCUAGUUCAAGUCAAAUUAUGAGCCCUAUUUCUAGCAAUCCUAAAUGCAAUCUGACAGAAAAUCUUAGUAAGAAUUUCAUGAAAACUAGUACGAAGAGGAAAUUAUCAAAAGAGUUAAGUCCUAUAGAUAAAAAAUACAAAUCUGAGCUUACGAAAACAGAAAAUAAAACAUCAGACGAGAUUAUAAUCAACAGAAGUACAAGCGAUAUUUAUAAGAAAAAUUUGGCUAAGGAUCGCAUGGAGAAGUUAAGAAAAUCAAUAAAUACUCCAACAAAAGAUCAAAAUAAUUCUGAAUUUCCUGAUGUUUAUAAAAACAGCGAUGCAAGGCACAGACAUUUACAUAAUAGACUUCUAUCUAAUAAGAUAAUCCCAAAUGAAGAAGAAUUGCUAAUGUCGGUUAAAACAGAUAUAUUAGAUCAAUCUAAUAAUGAGUCAUGUGAAAAUUUCGCAAACAACUCUUCUUCUAUUUAUGAAGAAAUGGAUUGGGAGCCGUUGGAAGACGAAGAAAUUACAUUUGAAGUACAAGCCGCAAGGAUAAAAUUAUGUACUCAAAGCAUGACAAAUAAAAAAUUAGAGAUAGAAGGAAAUAUUUUACAAUUUCCAUCUCAAGAAGAAAAUAAAAUAUUGUACAUUGUUGUAGAUACGAACGUCUUUUUAUUGAAUUUAAAUGCAAUCAUUGAAGCUAUGAAUAAUAAGUUCAUAACGUACAAUAAACCAAUUAUUGUGGUUCCAUGGACUGUUAUAAGAGAAUUAGAUUAUUUAAAAGUAGCCAAAUCUAAAAAAAGUUUGCGUGACCAAUCCAGAAAAGCUAUUCAAUUCCUCAAUAAUCAUUUCUCUGCUAAAGACCCACGCAUAGUUGGUCAGACCUUACAGGAUGUAAUGAAUAAUAAAGAAAAAUUUGCUGCUGAAUGUCCUGAUGAUGAGAUUCUACAAGUUUGUUUACAAAUUCGAGAAGCAGGAAAAGCUGUGGCUUUAUUAUCGUACGACAAAAAUCUUUGCAACAAAGCUAUGAUAUCCGACAUAUUAGCACUUGGAAGGGAUGAUCCUCUUGAAAAAAUAGAUUACAUAUUUUCGAAUAAGAAUAAAAAAUUAAAUUUUCACGAUAUUUCCGUUCAAAGGAUGCAAGAUGAAAGUUCGCAAGUUAUUUCCGCUUUUCAAGAAGAAUUACGUUGUUUUAAUGAAUUGUACGAAGAGGUGGAAUCUGUGAUGCAAGAAUUUCUUUCAGUGAUAGUAAGUAAAGAAAUGAAAAAGUUAUAUGACGAAACUUGGGAAAAGUAUGUUAUCAUAAAGCCACCUUGGACAGUUACGUGCGUUUUAAAAUGUGCCAUUAAACAUUGGAUAGCUGCUACUAGUGAAGUAUUCGACAGAGAUGCGUUAAAUUUUCUUAAAGAACUUUUAGAAAUGUUUAAAGGGUUGUCAGAGGGUAGUCGAAGAUUGAAAGACAUUGUUCAUUUAUUGGAAAAGUGUAGUGACUUGAUUCAAGCGAUAAAUAUUAAUAAAUAUUCUGAACUUAUGACCAGAGCAUUGAGUGCCAUUCAAGAUUUACAGCAAAGAUAUCAUAAUUAUGAAAAGAAUAUACGUGAGAAAAAAUUGCUUGAAAAGAUUGGCAGGGAAAAUGACGAUACUAAACAAAAACAUAGAGCAGAACUCGCUUUUAAUUAUUUCGAGCACAUCUAUUCAUAUGCUCGUGAUUAUGGUGGAAUGGCUGCAAAUAUCAUAGGGAUGCCAACUAGUUUAUUUUUUCAAACGCCAAAUCCAUUACCCACUCCUGAUCACGUGAUAAGAAUUCAAUUGGAACUUUCACGAAACAUCAAUCAUUUGUUACGUGCUCUGACCAACUGUUUACUAGAAAUGGAAAAUAAUUGUCUCGAUCAUAAAACAUUGAUCAAUCUUUACCAAAUAUUGAAAAAUUUUCUUCCUGAAAGUACACUCAAAGAAGAAUUGUCUCCUUUGGAUCUAUAUUGUUGCUUAAAAGUUAAUGAAAACCAAUUAAAACAGGGAAUAAAGCAGCUACAAGAACUUUGUACACAUUAUUCCAAAUUGUCAAGUUUCAGAUGUAUGUAACUGGAUUUCUUCAUUCGCAAACAAGGAAAAGAAAGAAAAGGAACAAAAAGAAAGCGUAGAAGAACGUCAUUCGAGUAUAUUUUAAUUUUCUUGUAUAAUUUUUUGUUAAACAUAAAAAAUAAGCAGAAAAACUAA